AUGUCUGCCUUUGAUCAAUUUAAUCCAGAUUUUUAUCAAUCAAAUUAUGACAUUAAUGACCAAGAGGACACGUCUAAUGACUAUGGAGGCAGCAGUAGUCAUGCUUCAAGUGGUGAUCUUGGGACUGGUCAUCCUCAGCCCAAAAUAUUUGUUCCUUCAGCAAUGACACAGACUUCACAACUCUAUGCAGGACAUAUCUUACAACCAACUGAGAUCUACAAUCCAUUCAGCCCAUCUUCUGCAAUAUAUGGAGGAACUGAUGACGAGCCACCACUUUUAGAGGAGAUUGGGAUUAAUUUUGAUCACAUCUGGCAAAAAACGUUGACAGUUUUGAAUCCGAUGAAACCAGCAGAUGGCAGUAUUAUGAAUGAGACUGAUCUGGCAGGACCAAUAGUCUUCUGUUUGGCAUUUGGAGCCACGUUAUUGCUGGCUGGUAAAGUACAAUUUGGUUACGUUUAUGGAAUCAGUGUCUUUGGGUGUCUGGCAAUUCACGCACUGCUGAAUUUGAUGAGUGUUACAGGGGUUUCAUAUGGCUGUGUGGCCAGCGUCCUGGGAUACUGUCUCCUUCCAAUGAUCAUUCUUGCUGGCGUUGCUGUUCUCUUUUCACUCCAGGGAGUGCAUGGAGUUCUGCUUGCUUGGAUUGUCAUUGGAUGGUGCAGUCUGUCUGCCUCAAAGAUGUUCACUUCUACUUUGGCAAUGGAGGGACAACAGCUUCUUGUCGCUUAUCCUUGUGCCUUACUAUAUGGGAUCUUUACACUUCUGACAAUUUUCUAA